UCGCUCUGUGAUAAAAGUUGGUCAAAGUCUGAAAGGACAAGUGAGGAUCGCUGUUUGAAAUAAUAUUUUUGUUUAAAUUUUUUUUCGGGUCGUUAUUUUUGAAAAUGAAGAAAAGAACCGUGAAACAGACUGAGUCGUCCAACAAGAGUGAAAUCCGGAAAAACCCCCGAGCUCAGAGGAAAGAGGGAAAGCAGUCCCGUGGGUGGUUAAAAAGGGGUUUAUUGGCUGUCUUUGCUGUCUUCAUUUUGGUGCCUGUCACAUUGAAAGUGCUCCCAGAAUUAAUUCAGCACUGUAUUUACAAAUACAGAGUCAGUGUGCCUUUCUUUGUGGACCUCAGCCGACCUGCCGAUUUCUCGCUCAAUCAUACCAUAAACAUGUACUUAACAUCAGAGGAAGGGAUUUCCCUUGGUGUAUGGUACACUGUCCCUGAGAGUCUGUGGAAAGAGGCACAAGGGAAAGACCUGGCAUGGUACCAGAACUCUCUAAGUGAUGGAAGUCCAGUCUUCAUAUAUCUUCAUGGGAACACGGGAACGAGAGCAGCCCCUCACCGAGUGGGAGUGGCAAAACUGCUGAGUGAACUUGGUUACCACGUGCUGGUGCCUGACUACAGAGGUUUUGGAGACUCCACAGGAGAGCCUACUGAAUUGGGUCUGACCACAGAUGCCCUCUACUUGUACAGAUGGGUCAAAGCACGCAGUGGAGACAGUCUGGUUGUCAUCUGGGGACACUCUCUUGGCACAGGGGUGAGCACAAACAGUGCAGUAAAACUGCAGGAACAAGGUGAAGUCUUUGAUGGUGUGAUCCUGGAGGGUGCAUUCAAUACUGUUCGACAGGAAAUUCUUUUUCACCCUUUUUCUUGGUAUUACUGGACAUAUCCAGGGAUUGGGUCCCUGUUUCCAGAGCCAUGGGCGGAGAAUAAGGUUGUGUUCCCCACUGAAGAAAAUUUGAAGAAAAUGAGAAGCCCCAUACUUUUCCUUCACUCUGACGACGACCACUUGGUUCCAAUUCAGAUCGCUCGGCAGACCUAUGAAACAGCUGCAAGUGCCCAGACUAAAGGUCGAGUCAAGUUAGUGACAUUCGAUGGUUCUCUGGGAUAUCUCCACAAUGGUUUAUAUCGAGACCCCCAACUGCCAGACAUCAUAAAGAAGUUUGUGUCAUCGUUAUGAAGUUCGACUGAAAGAGAACAACCUUGGACAAAGGGAGAGCACUGAUUUCAUUUGAUUAUCCUCUCCACCUUUGUUGCAUGAAUAUUUAACUUGAUUUUAUUUUCUAAUUGAAUGAAUCUCUUGUUGAAUAAAUGUGAUUUUUCUUU